AUGUCCCAGCCAGAUGUCCACCAGCUCUACCAGCGUCUAGAAACAAUAGGAAAGGGCGCCUAUGGUUCAGUCCACAAGGGAAAACAUAUUCCAACCGGAAAUGUAGUCGCCCUCAAGAUCAUCAACCUCGACACACCCGACGACGAUGUCGCCGACAUUCAGCGCGAGGUCGCCCUCCUCACUCAGCUCCGCGACGCCCCCAACAUCACAAAGUACUUUGGCUGCUACAUGGACGGUCCCCGUGUCUGGAUUGUCAUGGAGUAUGCUCAGGGAGGCAGCGUCCUGACCCUCAUGAAAGCCUCCAAAGACGGCUGCAUCGAGGAGAAAUACACUUCCGUCAUCAUAAGAGAGGUCCUCGUCGCCCUGAGCUACCUCCACAAGGUCCCAGUCAUCCACAGAGACCUCAAGGCAGCCAAUAUCCUCGUCACCGCUACCGGCAAGGUCAUGAUCUGUGACUUUGGGGUCUCUGCGCUCCUCACGACUGUCUCCAGCAAACGGACUACCUUGACUGGCACACCGUAUUGGAUGGCGCCUGAGGUUAUCCAGGGAGUUUCGGCGUAUGAUACCAAGGCAGACAUCUGGAGCUUGGGUAUUAUGAUUUUUGAAAUGAUCAAGGGGACUCCUCCGCAUUCCAACCUGGACAAGUUCAAGGUCAUGGACCUGAUCCCACGAGCGAAACCACCUCGGCUGCAGGAGAGUGAGGGGAGUAAGGACAUGCGCGAUUUCAUGUCAUAUUGCUUAAAAGAGUCGCCAACAGAGCGACUCCCGGCAGAAGAAUUGUUGAAGACCAAGUGGAUCAAGUCGAUUUCCAAAGUGAACGUCUCUAUUCUGAAAGAUCUCAUUCUUCGAUUACAACAAACGGGACCGAGAGCCAGUCUUGCUGGCCCGCUGGAUUGGGAAUUGGAAGAAGAGGCCGACCAGAAUGCGCAACAAGACUGGGAAUUUGACACAGUCAGGUUUGACCGGAGACCUUCGCUGGACGAAGAAGACUAUAAUGCACCAUCUCAAGCAACACCUACAGACAGCUUUGAGACCGUCCGUGUACCCGCAUCCGCCAAAACUCUUCCAUCCUCACUGCGACAUCUAUUUGGAGAUUCGGCCAGUACCGAGCCAGAACCAUUCACUGUCCCUCCGCCAUUUACGCGACCACUUACGCCUCCCCAAUCCACGACUCCCGUGACCAAUGAAUGGAAUACAAUACACCACGUGCCAUCUGCCGACGACUUUGCAUCUUCUACAUCCAAUACCCUUCGCAGGGCAGAUAACCCACCAAUAGCCGAACCUGGAGAAGAACCGCAACCAAUCAUUUCUCCCGAUGUACCCUCACCACUGGAGGCCUCUUUGGCCCCCCAACCCAUCCAAAUUCCGGAGCCACCGCGAGAAGAGUUACAACCUGCAUUCAUCCAACCACACCUUGGCCUCCCUGCUGAGGACUUACCUUCGUUUACACUUUCGCAGCAGACACCUGGCCGAUCAACACCAUCCCGGCUAGAUCCGCCUGCGCGCUCCAAGCCUGCAACUCACCAAAGCACCAUAUCUUUGGACAAUACAUCUGCGCCUGGGAACGGAAACCUGGGUGUUACUUAUUCUCCUUCGCCCAUAGUGCGGACACGGUCGGCGACCACUUUACCUGCCAUCCAACCACCGCCCGUUUCUAUCAUCCCUCGAGCAUUUGUUCAGCAAUCGUCUCCCGUGAAAUCUGCUACGUUCACCGAUGAUCCAAGUGCACGAGGCGGCCCGGGUUUGAAGGAUGUUUUAAAGAUCCCUUCACUUACCACUGAGAGUCAUCUUGGGAUGGUCGAUCUUCUGCCCCCGUCACCCUCUGCGCUGGUUACUUCAAAUCGCUCGCCUGGGGCACACGGAAUAUCGAAACCAUCCCGAUCUUAUGGUGGACCUAUGGACUAUCCUUCACCGGCUACAAGCAAAUUCGCAAUGGAGCAAGAUCGUUCACAACGAAGCGCGCAGAACUCGAUAUCAGUGGAUGGUUUGCCGACUUUGGAACCUCUGAACUAUGCGGCGUUGAUUUCCAACGGGGACCCUCAAAAUGAGCUCAUGCAGACCAUUGAGGGACUGGCCAGUUGGUUGAAGGUGGUUGAUCAAGGGUUCCAAGCGAUGUUAGAGCAUUCGGCUUUUGGAGAUAUUCUUGAGGAGGGGAAUGAGCAGUACGGGUCGUCAACGAAUGAGAGUGAUGGGCAGUAA